AUGACGACAAGAUACAGAGUAGAGUAUGCUCUCAAGACCCACAGACGAGACCAGUUCAUAGGUCUCCUGGCAGUCCCCUUUGUCCUCUACUCCCAGCCCACCGGCGUCUUCGACACGAGAGCGACGAGCAUAGCCCGCAUGGCAGAGGAAUCCCACCGCCGCUACGCCGAAAUCUUUCGCGACGUCGAGCACAUGAUAGACGACCACAGGCCCUUCUUCACCCGCCUCCCCCUCGAGGCAGCCUUCACCCUCAUGGACGCAAAACGCCUCAUCUCCUCCCGCCGCUACGUCUCCCCCUCCUUCAACGACGUCCGCCUCAUCCUCAACGCCGCCCAAAUCCUCGCCGUCACCAGUCCCAGCCCCAGUCCAAACCCAUCCACCACCACCACCGCCACCUCCCUCCAACUCGCAACCUUUGACGGAGACGUAACCCUCUACGACGACGGCGAAUCCCUCCUUCCCACCUCCCCCCUCAUCCCCCGCCUCCUCUCCCUCCUCCGCCGCGACAUCAAAAUCGGCAUCGUCACAGCAGCAGGCUACACAACAGCAGACCGCUACUACGACCGCCUCCACGGCCUCCUCGACGCCAUCGCCGCCGCGCCCGACCUAUCCCCGAUCCAAAAGGCCUCCAUCGUCAUCAUGGGCGGCGAAGCAAACUACCUCUUCGAAUACGACCCGUCCUCCCCGCACCUCUUGGCCCCCGUCCCGCAGGAGCAGUGGCUCACGCCCGAGAUGGCAUCCUGGUCCGACGCCGACAUCUCCGCGCUCCUCGACGUCGCCGAGGGCGCCCUGCUCGAGUGCAUCCGCACCCUCAACCUCCCCGCCACCCUCCUCCGCAAAGACCGCGCCGUCGGCAUCGUCGCAACCGACCCGGCCGUCCGCAUCCCGCGCGAGUCCCUCGAGGAAACCGUCCUCGUCGUCCAGAAAAUCCUCGAGCUCUCCGCGCUGGGCUCACCCGCCCAAGCAGCCGGCCACAGCACAAUCGCGCCCUCUGCCCCUGCCUCUUCCACUGAACCAACUGCUGUCCGCCGCCGCGUCCCCUUCUGCGCCUUCAACGGCGGCCGCGACGUCUUCGUCGACAUUGGCGACAAGUCGUGGGGCGUGACCGUCUGCCAGCGCUGGUUCGCCGCCAAGGCGGGACACCCAGAGACCCCCAUCGCCGGCGAGAAGACGCUGCACAUUGGCGACCAGUUCCUCAGCGCCGGCAGCAACGACUUCAAAGCCCGGAGCGUGGGUACCACUGCGUGGAUCGCGAGUCCCGGGGAGACGGGCGAGCUUUUGGAUGAUUUGAUCGCGAGGAUUUGA